GAGAACAGUGAAGGACGGAGAAGUCGUCUGUCUGUGCCACGGCAUGCGCUUCACGGACAUCCACAAGGUGCAGGACUUCUUGCAGCAGAAAGGCAACAGUCGCUUUGCCGAUCGUAUUGUGCGAGUUGGCAACGUUGCCAAGGAUGGCGAAAAGGUUGAUGUGCACGUGGUGCUGAUGGGAGCGGCUGGCUACAUCAACCACUAUCUUGGGAUUCGCAGGUUUCCAAACAGCGUCAUCGAGAUGGAUUGUGCCAGUGGCCCAACCAGCGGCUUCUUGAAGAUCGUUUGCCAGACAGCAACCGGACAAGGCAUAGCUGGUGGCGGUCCUAUCGUUUUGAACUAUGGGCCUCAUUAUGACCUCACGCAGAAGCCUCACGAGGAAGAAGCGCCCUUUCUUGGAGGAUUGGACAGUUUCUUUCAAAAGCUAGAUGCUGGCAUGACAAAGAAUGAGCCUGAGCAGGUCACGCCUCAGAAGCGGCAGGGCGAGCCAGAAUCUUCAAGGACGCCGCCAAACCCAGAUGCAAAGAAGGCCAAAACUGAGGCCAAAGCUGAGGCCACAGUUCAGGAGACACCGAAGAAGGAAGCGACCGUGCAGGUGGAGAAGCCGAAGGCAGAGAGCUCUGGUGCUCCCGCUGGCUCUUCGCCUCCGCUAGUAGAGCUUGGUGAGUGCAAUGGGCUCAAAGUUGGUCUUCAGGUGUCUGAGAAUGGGCCUAGCACUUUGCACGUCUUCAACACAGACACCAAAAACAAAAGGAUGAGCAAGGGAACGGUCUUUUGCAAAUGGACGGAUGGCAACGUCGUUCGAGGUGUUGAGCUGCCGGCAAAUGGAGUAGAGUACGCUCUGCAGCCAUCCAGCUGGGUGCUUCAUGAAUCGUUGCAAUACAUCCAGGUCCAGGAUGCCAUCAAGAAAGAGCCUGCUUGCUCUUGCCUUUUCGGCUAUGAGCCGUUUCCAUGCGCAACGCCGCCCAAGGUGUUGAAGCCAGCAAAAGCUGGAAAGAUGAUCGUGGUGUGCAAGGAUGCGCAAACUGUCCAGGUUCACCGGGCUCCUUCUGAUGCCUUGCGAUUGGUCUUUAUCAUGAAGAUGCAGAAGGAAACGAUGCUUCCACAUGGCUUGGCUUUGGUGUGCUCAAAGCAGAUCACUGUGCCGGCUGGACAGUGGAAGCAGGUGUGAAAGACGGCAGGUAGAAGCAGCCAUGAGCGAUGGCAGUUUUGAUUCUUGUGACGUUUGAUGGGCAUGCUGAGCAAUGGCCGAAAUGAAUGUUGAAGUUGUAUCUGUUCAUUUGUCCGAAUCAUAGCCUAAUGAUUAAGUUGUGGCCUGUGCUCCUCAACGCCUAUAUAGAUGAAGAGGUUCCCGAUUUGCACAGGGCUGAGAAAGUUGCUUCAAAAGAAGCUGCAAGACGGCAGGAG